CUUCCCGUCACUGACUCUACCCAGGAAGUCGUCGUGUUACUUUCUCUCCCCCUCCUCUUCCAGGCUGGUGAGAAACAGGGGAAACUAAAGGGGGGUUAAGUUGAUACCUGGGAAACUAACGAGGGUACAGUUAAACCCGGAUGCAACCGUGCUCGCGGUUCCUGUCAGGUCAUUUUGCAGGUUGUCAUCGAACAAACGGAAGCCAAAACGAGCAGAAGCGGUCCCGCCGUCUGUCGGGUCUGUUUUCUGUCGUGGCAAAGAAAAGCAUCAGGUUCUGGGCAGUUGGAACAAGAAAAAGUUUGAUGGAACAAGAUAUUGAAAGCCCAGGAUCUGCCAGAAACACAAUUUUACCCGAGGAUGAGUUCUGCCCUUCGCCAUAUUUCAUCUGCUUUCACCGUCACUGACACUGUAUUGUGUCCUUAUAACUUUAGUUACUGCCCAGUAAGCCACCAAGGUGUGAUACCACAUUUCUAAUCAUGCACUUGUGAUAACACAUAGGUUGCCCUUCCCAUAUCCCGUUCCUGUUGUCCGUAACAAGGACACAUCAUUCUGCUCAGACCCCUGUCCUGCUGACCCCCCUCCCUCCCGUUGAGUUUCUGGGCCAUGCUCCGCAAGAGAGGUUCUCUCAUUCUUUGUGGUACGUUCCUGUUUAUCACCUGGAAUGCCAUACUGGUGCUUCUGUUGUGGGGCAGACCCCCGCCUGGCCAGCUGGACGAGCCUGGCCAAGGGCAGGGGGAAGUGGCUGAGAGGCCUACUAAUGAUGUGGUAGGAGAUGUGCUCCGAAUGGCAGACAUGUUUGAAGCAGAGCUUGAAGUACAGAAAAAUAUCCUGAUUGAGAUCAAGAAUCAUCGGUCACUAUGGGAGAAAUCAAACAAAAACAGGUCGAAGGUUAUCGUCCCACCCCAGCCUGUCAUUCCUAUCCUGGUUAUCGCCUGUAACAGGGUCACUGUGAAGCGUUGCUUGGACAAACUCCUGCAGCACCGGCCUUCAGCAGAGCUUUACCCAAUCAUAGUGAGUCAGGACUGUGGACAUGCCGAGACUGCUGAGGUGAUUCGUUCUUAUGGAAAUGAAGUAACUCAUCUGAAACAGCCGGACUUGUCAGAUAUCGCUGUGCGUCCAGAGCACAAGAAGUUUCAGGGUUACUAUAAAAUCUCCAGGCAUUACCACUGGGCUCUCAGCCAAGUGUUCAAGACCCUUUCUCAUUCCUCUGCUGUGAUUGUAGAGGAUGACUUGGAGGUGGCACCAGACUUCUUUGAGUACUUCCGAGCAUUGCUGCCACUCCUGAAAUCUGACCCCAGUUUGUGGUGUGUGUCAGCCUGGAAUGACAACGGUAGGGAGGGCUAUGUGGAUCCUGGCAAAGCCAACCUGCUCUACCGGACUGAUUUCUUUCCCGGUCUUGGAUGGAUGCUUGUCAGGGAGGUGUGGGAGGAGCUGGAGCCAAAGUGGCCCGCUUCAUUCUGGGAUGACUGGAUGCGUCAGCCAGAGCAGCGGCGUGACCGUGCCUGCAUCCGCCCGGAGAUCUCGCGCACUUUAACCUUCGGCAGGCAAGGUGUGAGCCAGGGUCAGUUUUAUGACAGGUACCUACGUUAUAUUAAACUGAAUACUGAAUUUGUGCCUUUCACCAAGUUAGACCUGAGUUACUUGAAGGAGGAAACCUACAGAGAAAAUUUUGAGAAGGAGGUUUACAGUGCUGCCCUGGCUACAUAUGAAGAUGUAAAGCAGGGGCAACUAAAAGGCCCCGGGCCCUUCCGCCUUCAAUACUCAAGUAAGGAGAGUUUCAAAAUGCUUGCCAAAAACCUGGGGAUCAUGGAUGACUUGAAGUCUGGAGUCCCAAGGGCAGGAUACAGAGGGGUUGUCAGUUUUAUCUCAAGAGGAAGGAGAAUCUACUUAGCCCCUCCUCCAGGAUGGACCCAGUAUGACCCCAGCUGGAGCUGAUAAUCGUUUAGAAAACCUAUGUGCAGUAGCCUUUUUGUAAUCUCCACAUCACCUGUGGAGAGUGUUCAGACCAAAGACUGAUGCCCUUAAAGUUUCUCUUUGCUUGAAUUAUAUGUACUCUACUUUAUUGUUAAUGAAGAUUGGUCCCUCUUUCUGGUGUAGGGAUUUUUGCCAGUGUCACUCAGGUCUUUCUCAUUAUUCCAAAACUUUUCUUACAGUGUAGAUACAGCCUGCUGUAACUCACCAGAGAGCUGUUUUUAUAUGAUGCUAACUGUGCACAUGACAUUCAUCAAUGCAUUCAAUGCAAUUACCUAGGUUGCCACUUUUUGUUUAAAUUAUUUGCGAUUUCCGUUAGCCAAUAUGAACUGUUAUAUAACUAUUUGAAUCUGUGGUAUGGUUGCUUAUGGCAUCAGUGACUGGUCAUAAUCACAGUAUAAUUGAUUUAGAUUUUCAUUGGUUUUGUCCACUAUGCAAAUCAGUUCUUCCUGCUUACACUUUAAUGUCAAAUAAUUUUGUCUAGUGAUCUCCAUUGUUGUACUCCCUACAGGUAUGUUAACUUGUAAUCUACAACAUUUGUGUUUGUAUAUAUUUGGAAUAAAAACAAUACACAAUUUUGC